AAGAUCUGAUUUUUUAAUUCUAAAAAUAUAUAAUUUUUAUCAUAAUAAUAUUAAAGAAUUCAUGACUAUCAAAUGUAAUGCACAUCGCUUCUGAAACUAAUAUAAAUGAUACCGUCUACGAGGAUACGUUGCAUACUUAAGGAAUGUUUAAAUUCCCAAGAAGCAAUACCUAUAUGUUACGUCGGAUCGUAGAGAGGUAAGGAAAAUCAGAAAGUGGGGUAAAGAGUGAAAAAAGAAAAGAAUACGUAGCGAUGUAUGUAAUUUCUUGUUCAUACGAUCUUUUGUAGCGAGUCGAGAAGCCUUGUAAGUUAUUUAAAAUAUCUUCAUACGUACGAACUACGUUUUAAAAAACUCAUACUUUUAUUUUUCAGUAUACGUUAUUUACCUCAACUAUUAAAAAAUUCAACAUACAGUAAUAUAACUUUUUAAUCUUGUUCUCUAUUUCUUAAUUAACAGUUUGCAUGAAAUAUGGUUCCAGUAUUUCGUUUAAUUUAUUCCAAACAGUGUGAAAUUAACUACACUUGAUUUUGAAUGUGACUUGUCAAUCUUUUAAAAUAUAUUAUAAUUACCAUUUUUAUAGAAAGAUAAGUUGUAUCUAAAUGAUAGGUAAGGUUUUACUAUGUUUUACAAGGCAUGUGAGUGCAAUAAUUUAAAAAAUUAUUUAAACAGUACAUUCUGCAUGUUAAGCGGAAGAGUACAAUUUAUAAAAUAGUGGAAUGAAAAGGGUAUCAGAUAUAUAGAAAAUUCCUUGGAUCCACCGCUGGAGGGUUUUAAGAAGUGGGGUAAGGUGUAAGGGUGGGGAAACUUAAGAAGAAGGAGAGGGGAAGCAUAGAGAUCUGUAGCGACGCUUCGUAAGCACUCAUUUGGUUUUCAGUCACGUAUUUGUGAUUCAACGGUCUGUUUUAUGAGUUGUUUUUACGCUUAUAUAUUUAUACAACAUUUAUAAUUUGCACAUCUUGAUCGUAUGCUUGAUAGUACAUCAAAGAAAGCAAUGAAAAGAACAGGAAUAUUGAAAUACAAAAAAAAAGUAGUAGCAAUGAUUUUAGUAAAGUAGAUCACGGUGUGAAGCUAUCCUGUUAAAAAGCGUCGAGCCAAUUACCCGAGAAUCAGGUUCAAUUAAAAGGCGAGCGACAAUCGUCACGAUGACUGCUGCAUACACGAACAAUUCUACCAGCCAGGAACAAAACGUAGAGACAGCCGGUAUAAUUAAUAAAACAUUGAACGGCAAGAAAGAGCAAGUGACGCCUGAGGAAAACACUGAAAUUACUUCAGCAGAAAUGAUAAAGGUUGCAACAGGUGGCCAGGAUCAACAAGAAAUCCCUGUUAAUCAGGAGAGAUCUUCGCUUUGCGUAGAAGAAUUAAACGAACAGAAAGAUGAAGACAGCGGGGAAUAUAAGAAAUCUAUUGAAAAUCGCGAAUAUCUCGACGAUACCGACGCAAACGAAGAUGUGAUUUCUAAUACGAAUGAAAUGAAAAAUGAAGUGUCGAAGGAUUGUGAGCCGAGUGCUUCGAAAUCGCUCUCUAAUUUGAAAGUCGAGGCUUUUCUCAUCGAGUGUGACUCUCAAGACGCGAUGUCGAGAACACGUGGAAACGAUUUCUAUCCGAAGGAUAGUUUCAAAUUACAAGAACUGCAGACCUCGGUGGAGAAUAUUAUUACAGAGACAAGCGAUAUUUCGAAUAAUCCUGAAAGUUAUAACGGAUCGUUCGAGGAUAUUGAUAUAUUUAACGAUCCCGACGAGACAUACGAUCCGGAAAGUGAACUGAAUUUUCACGAAGCCGUACGUGCAGGGAACGCCAAGUGCAUCGCGGCGCUUCUUGCAAGUGACUCGGUACAAAACCUGGACGAACCGGAUUGGAAUGUUUCAGGUGAUCCACCUCUGCUAGUGGCUGCUACAAAUCAUUGUUUGCCCGUUCUUAGUUUACUACUUGCGAACGGAUGUGAUCCAGCUGUGCGUUCCCCUCGAGGUGAAACAGCGCUUCAUCGAGUGAUCUUAAAUGGAGGACCAGGAAACGUAUUACAAUUCGUGGGAGAACUUCUGAAACAUGGUUGUCCGUCAGGCGUUAAAGAAGCUGGAGGUGGUCUGACUGCGUUGCACGUAUUAACUAGACAAUUAGCUCAUGCUCAAGGAUCGAAGAGUUUACAUCAUAACUUCGAAGCAGCUCUAAAGACCCUUGAUUUAUUAGCACGCGCUGGCCCGGUAAACGCGAAGGAUCACCAAGGCCGUAGCGCCCUCCAUAUUUUAGCUUCCUCCACUAUCUUCGACAACAACCACAGAACAGAAAUUGAAGCGUUAAUUGAAACAUUGUUGGCUGCUGGCGCCGAUCCCUCAUUGAAGAACGACCGUGGAGAAACUCCUUUACACGAGUGCCUUGAGUGCGGUGCUUUAAACAUCGCGUUUUUACUUAUAUCGCAUACACCGGCCGGUAUAAUGUCACGUUAUGGCGAAACUCCGUUGCACAUUGCCUCUAGAAAAAAUUAUGUCGACAUGGUUGCAAAAUUGUUGGAACACGGAGAGGAUCCUAGUGUACAAGAUGCCGGUGGUAAUACACCGUUGCAUCUAGCUUCUGCGAGAGGUUUUCAUCAAACUGUUUCUCUGUUAGUUACGUCGCCACUUGCACAACUAGAGAAACUCAAUACCGAAGGGUUGACUGCCCUUCAAGUAGCCGCUGAAAGUGGUUUCGUUAAUGCAGUAAGAUUAUUGUUAAAAGCGGGCGCUGAUCCGAGCCAAACGGUUCAUUAUUCCACGACGAUUCUUCAUCGUCAUCCUGAUAUCUCGAUUUUAAUAGAUCAUGAAAUGAGUAGACGUCGUCAACUCGCAGCUUGAUUUCAUAACAAAUCCAAUCAGAUAUUCUACUGAAUUGAAUUUUGUUUUUUAA